AUGUCAUCCGUGGCGGGGAUAGCGGCAACGGCGGAGAAGCUAGCGCGGAGCGUGGGGAAGGCGGCGUGGCUGGCGGGGACGACGUUCCUUGUGCUGGGCCUCCCGCUGCUCUUUGUGCUUGAGCGCGAGAUGCAGAUUGAGCAGAUGGAGUAUGAGCAGCAGUCCCAGAUGCAAGCACUCCUCGGCGGGCCUUCGGACGUAAACAAUUCUUACUAUUAA